AUGUUUAACGUCAUGGUUCGCUUACUAAUUUUGACAUUUUUCUUGUUCUCUGGGAUAUCGAACACAACAUUGGCCCGAGUACAAUAUGAACCUUUAAAGCCAAGUAAAAGAGAAAGGGUCUGGGAUCCUAAGAUGAUCAAAGAGAUUAAAAUUGGAGUAGAUGGUAGUCGUUCAAGGCGUGCACCUGGAGGAAGAGGACGACCAACCAAAUAAAUCACGUUCACCAAAACGAUGACCUUAAACCCAUAACUCAUAUGUAUCAUUUUAA